AUGUCUCUCGUAGCGGAUUCAACAGAGAUUCAGCAAGAAUGUAAGUCUGGUGCAACUGAAAAUAACAAUGAUGAUGAGGCUAAGCUUGACGCAACUACAAGUAUGCAAAAACAUCAAGUGAUUCCUAUAAGAGCUGGGAAAAAUCAAGUCAUCAAUGGUGAAGGAGACACAACUUGCUUUUCAUUUAUUAGGUGUUUCAUUCCUUGUCUUUGA